AUGUCCGGAGAAAUUCCACAACCUCGUUUUGGACACACAACAACAUAAAUAAACCGUACAACAGUAAUAUUAUUUGGCGGUGCAACUGGAGAUACAGGCAAAUAUAGUAUUACAGGCGAUUUAUUUUCAUGUGACAUAACCAUCCGAUAUUGGAAGCGUUUAAAUCCUUCAGGAGUUCCUCCCUCUAACCGUGCUGCUCAUUGUUCUGCAUCAAUUGAUAAUAACAAUAAAUUAGUUAUUUUUGGUGGAGCAGUUGGAGGUGGUGGAUUAGCAGAUGAUAAUUUAUAUGUUUUGGAUUUAGCAUAAGGGGAUAAUAAAACUACUUGGAUAAAUAUUCCAAUUGUAGGAACUACACCAGGUCGUAGAUAUGGUCAUACGAUGAUUUUUGUAAAACCUUUUUUGGUUGUUUAUGGAGGAAAUACAGGUUCGGAGGCUGUAAAUGAUGUAUGGGCGUUAAAUUUAGAAAAAUCGCCAUAUAGUUGGUUUAAAUUGGAAUGUAAUGGGGAAUUUCCGGUUGUUAGAGUAUAUCAUUCAGCUGCUUUAUGCUCUUCAGGCGCCGCAAACGGUAUGAUGGUAAUUUUCGGAGGAAGGACUUCCGACUAAUCUGCUCUUAAUGAUAGUUGGGGUCUCCGAAGACACCGAGAUGGCAGAUGGGAUUGGGUAAAAGCUCCAUACAAAGUCAAUUCAGAGCUCCCUAUUCAUCGAUACUAGCACAACACAAUUUUUUAAGGAGCUCUAAUGUUAGUAAUAGGAGGAAGAAGUAACCAAAUAAACGAUAAUAUUCCUUUAGAAAUAUACGAUACAGAAACUAGUGAUUGGUAUAAAUUUGCGGCUGUAAUGAGAUUUAGACAUUCAGUUUGGAUUGUUUAAAAUAUGCUUUAUAUACAUGGAGGUUUCGAUUCUGAAUAGCCAAAUGUACCUACAGAUUCUAUAUUAAGACUUGAUUUAAUGAAAUUAGUUUAAAUUUAUCCGAAUUUAAGUAAAUAAAUUGCAAAAUAUAGUAGUGUAGAUUUAGGUUAAUAUUAGUAGAAAAAUAUUGGUUAAUAAGGAUUUUAAUAAUAAUAAUAAUUUAGAUAAGAAAAAAUGGAUACUGAACAGGAGUUUGAUGGAUUUUAGGGGAAUACUUAAUUAUAAUCGAAAAUUAAUAAUAUUGGGUAAUAGUAGAAGGUUAUUAGAUUAGCUUAAGAGGCGAUUGUGGCGACUUGUUAUGAUCCAAAUGACCCGAACGGUUAAUAAGAUUCUAAUUCUAUCAAAAAAAUCUAAAUUUAGAAACUAUAAAAAUAAGGAAUUAAAUUAUCUACUAAUGUUAGAUAUAAUUAAGAUAAUUAAGAUAUAGCAAGUAAAAAGCUAUAUUAUGAAUCAAUUUAUUAGAUUUUUUUGGAAUAACUUUUACAUCCUGAUUAAUACGAAAAUGCAACAUAAUAAGAUUAUUUAAGUUAUAUCAAAAAAGAAUAAAUUAUUAAGUUAUGUGAUGAAGUUUAAAAAGUUUUUGAAAAAGAACCUAUGGUGUUAAAAAUAAGAGCCCCAAUGAAAAUAUUUGGAAGUUUAAAUGGUUAAUUUUAAGAUUUGAUGCGUUUUUUUAACCAUUUUGAUUCUCCUUGUAAUUACCAAUUAUUUGAUGAAGAUAUAGAUAUUAAUGAUUAUUUAUUUAUGGGAAAUUAUUUAGGAAGAGGUACUAUGUAAGUCGAAACAAUUUUACUUUUAUUUUCUUUAAAAUUGAAAUAUUUUGAUUAAAUACAUAUGAUUAGAGGAAAUAUGGAAGAUAAAAAAAUUUCUAAAGCUUUUGGAUUCGCUGACGAAUGCCAAAUGAAGUUCAUGGAAGAUGUAAAUGAUCCAUAUUCUGUUUUUUAGAGAAUAAAUCGUGUUUUCGAAUAUAUGCCCCUUGCGGCAGUUUUGGAAGAUACUGCUUUGUGUGUACAUAGUGGAAUAGGAAGUACUUUAAGGACUAUAGAUGAAAUAGAAUUAAUUCCAAGGCCUUUGGAAGUUAUAUAAGACCCAAAAACUUAUUAACAUAAAAUCGCUUUAGAAAUUUUAUGGAGUGAUCCAUGUUUAAGUGAAUCUGAUUAAGAAAAUAAAUCACAUGAUAUUUUUGGAUUGAAAAAUGUGCUUAAGUUUGGUUAAAAAAGAGUUUAAAAGUUUAUGACUGAUAAUAAUAUUAGCAUUAUUAUUAGAACUAAUGAGCCUGUAAUGAAAGGUUUUGAGAGAUUAAAUAAUAAUAUUAUUACUAUUUUUUCAAAUACUAAUUAUGCUGGAAGGUAUUAAAAUAAUGCUUCAAUACUAUGCGUGGGGAAAACUAUGAAAAUAUAACCAAAAUCUAUUUAGUCGAAUAUUAAUUUCAAUAGUAAGUAUUCAUGGCAUGAUUUGGAGUAGUUACUUGAAAGUAGAAAACAAAGUAAAUAUACAUGUGGCUUGGUGGAUUAGGAAGAAAUUAUUUUGAGGAAAAAAUAAGCAACUCCGCCAAGGGAUUUAAAUGAAAUAGGAUGA